UCAAAAAUAUUCGAGUUGUUCCGAUUAAACCGGACACUCGUGAAAAAUGGCAAAACCUUUCACUAAAAGCGUAUUUAAAUCGUUAUUUCGAAGAAAAGGGUAUGAUAACAAUAACAAAUGUUAUAAGAAGGUCGUAAGGCUAUGUUCAAAUCAUGUAGAUUGCAUGUCAGUUGUUUACAAAGAAUAUGGAGACCCUAACAAAGUAUUGGGAAUUGAAAAGCAUCAGCUGUCAAAGAGACUGAAAGCGAAUGAAGUGAUGGCAAAGAUGUUACUGGCUCCAGUAAAUCCAUCUGAUAUCAAUAUGAUUGAAGGAACUUAUUUUUUGAAGCCUCCUUUACCUGCUGUAGUAGGAAAUGAGGGUGUUGCUGAGAUUCUGGAUGUAGGAGAAAAUGUAAAGUCACUCAAAGUUGGAGACUGGGUAAUCCCUAACCAGGCUGGUUUUGGAACAUGGAGAACACAUAUUGUAACAGAAUGUAAUAUGUUUAAAAAAAUCAGUAAUGAUAUACCCCAACUGAGUGCUGCAACUAUUACUGUUAACCCUUGUACGGCAUACAGAAUGUUAAAAGAUUUUGGUAAUCUUAAACCUGGAGAUGUUGUUAUACAAAACUCGGCUAAUAGUGCUGUUGGACAAAGUGUCAUACAAAUUGCUAAAGCAUGGAAUUUAAGAACAGUAAAUGUUGUUAGAAAUAGAGAUAAUUUAGAACAGCUAGCGGAGCAGUUGAAACAAUUAGGUGCAACACAUGUUGUCACUGAAGAGUUUUUACGCAAACCAGAAAUGAAAGACUUGAUCAAAUCACUUGGUGCUGCUCCCAAAUUGGCAUUGAAUGGUGUAGGAGGGAAAAGUGCAACUGAACUUUUAAGACAUAUUGCUCCUAAAGGAACUAUGGUGACAUAUGGUGGGAUGUCACGUCAGCCUGUAAUUGUUCCUACUGGAGUGUUUAUAUUUAAAGAAGUGACUGCCUUAGGAUUCUGGAAUUCACAGUGGAACAUAGAAAAUGAUACCAGCCCGGAAAGAGACAUAAUGUAUGAAGAAUUAUGCAACAUGAUUAGGGAAUGUAAACUUAUCCCACCACCUUGUGAAAUGUUUCCUUUUGAUAAUUAUGCUGAGGCUGUUGAAAGUGCUAUGAAAGGUUUUGAAGGGAAAAAGAAAGUAAUAUCAAUGCAAGAAUUUUAAAGAAAAUUAUAUUUAAGAAUUAUAAAAAAACAGUAAAUAGAUUUUAAGAUGCAGCAAUGUUAGUACAUAGUAUUAUGCUUCAUGGUUGUUCUUUCUUUGUAGUCAUGUUAAAUGGGUGUCGUGAAAUAGUUUGUAGAAUAAGUAACAUGAAUAAACAAUAAUAAUUCUUGUGGCAUUAAUGUCAAUUAUGAUGUACAUUAAAUUGGUUGUAUCUUUUUUUCUGGGUGCAGUACAUUGAAAUGUUAUUGAAAUUUUUUAUCAAAAAUUUACAUGAAUAUCGAUGAAUUAUAUGUUAUCCCAAUAAAUGUUUGUGUUUUCAGAUAAUGAACUUGUAUAAUUUAGGACAAACAGUGUGGAAAGUAAAAAAAUGAUAUCCAGAGCCAAUUUAUUAUUAUAAGUUACUUCCCUUUAGUAAUAUCUACACAAUUUUAUACAUAAUAAGACUACACCAUCAUCUUUUAAAAUAUAAGUUAGUAUAUAUACAUUUAGGAUCUUAGUGAUUUCAUGAAAAAUGUCAAAGUUCUUUAAUUUAUUUUAACAUGCUAUUCUUACAAUUAGCAUUGCUAAAAAUAUGAUCUGAUCUAAUUGGAUCAUUUGAGCAUAAAAUCAUAUCCUUUACUAUUUUUCAUGACAAUGCUUAAUUUAGUGGACUUUGUAUCACAGUAAGUAGAUAUCAAAUUUAUUUCCACUUGUUUCAGGACAUUAGUGGUAAUCAAUUCAUUGAAUCAUGUUUUCACUGAAUGACUGCAAUCACCGCCCUGUGUUGAAAUAAAUGAAAUUAGCUUCUUAAGAUUUCUGGUUAGUCAAUAGCUACAAAUAGUGGAAUGUGGAAGUUGUUGAGUAGGUUCAAGCUGAAUUAUACGUGCAACAUGUCUAUUCAAGUAAUAUAAACAAUUAUCCCCCCUUCAAAGAAUUGGGGGUAUAUUGGUUUGCAUUUGUCUGUCAGUAGGUCUGUUGGUCCGUAGACUAAAUGGUUUCCGAUCAAAAAAUAAAAACAUUUAGGCCUAGCAACUUCAAACUUGGUAUGGGGAUUGUUCAUGACCAGUAGAUGACCGCUAUAGAUUUUACGGUCAAGGGGUCAAAGGCUAAGGUCACAUUGACCUUGUAGGUAAAAAUGGUUUCUGAUCAAUAACUAAAGAAUGCUUAGGCCUAGGAACUUCAAACAUGGUAUGGUGAUUGUUUAUGACCAGUAGAAGACCCCUAUUGAUUUUGGGGUCGCAGUAUUGAACCCCAGAAAAAAGUAACCAGUGUACGAGUAUCUGAAUAUGAUUUUUCUAUCGUUAUCUCAUUCCCUGUUGUCGCAGAAAAAAUGAACCAAUCAAUAGACAUGCUCUGGAGAGUGGAUAACUAAUACCUGAAAUCCAGAUGAGGCUCUUUGCAUGUAAAUGUAAAAGAUUUAACCCCAAACUAUGAUACAAAGAUUGUUUGGAUGUAUUAUUAUGCAUCCCUUCAAGAAAGUGGGGGUAUAUUGGUCUGUAGACCAAAUGGUGUCCGAUUAAAAACUAAAGAACGCUUAGGCUUAGGAACUUAAAACUUAGUAUGGAGAUUGUUCAUGACCAGUAGAUGACCCCUAUUGAUUUUGGGGUCAAGGUCAUAUUGACCUUGUAGGUAAAAACGGUUUUCGAUGAAUAACUUUACAACCCAGACUCUUGGCCCUCAAUCUACAUAGGUGCAUUGGUCAGUAGAAACUGCUUAAGUCACAUUUUAAAACCUCACUCUGGCACUUUAUAUGAGGGGAAAAGUCAAGCAAGCUUAGUUAUCAAUUAUACUGGCACAAAUUUUAACCACAAUUGAAUUGGUACAUGUAUUAAAAUUUAAAAUUGAUCUGUUUAGCAAAUAAAAACCAAACAUUUGACACUCUUAUUCUUUAAUAUUCACUUUAUUGAUAAUA